UCCUCCUGCUGAUGUUGUUUUCCUAUGUUAGCCAAUUAGCAACCUAGCAUGCAAUUUGAGGUCUGGCGCCUUGACUGAAUGGUGCUUACGUGUAUUUUAAUUUACCUUUCAAAUCCGAACCUUAUACGAAUCAACGUUUGAGAGCGCUGUUACCGAGCUUUAUAGGUUUUGAUUUCUCGGCGGAGCAGAAAGAAGUCAUCCGGAGUGUCUGUUGCGGGAUUCCGCCGCAGUGAGGAGCAUGAGUACACAAUGAAGCGGCGUUUGGAGGAUCAGGAUACAGUGAUCGGCUCUCAGCGGCGGCUCCCAGGGGGUGUGGACAGCUUUCAGCACCGCGUCCUCAACUCUGCCUCCCAGUCCUCCCUCUACGAGACUGCACCGGAUAACAUGCAGCCGUCGUCCAGCAUGCAGUACUCUGUCUCACAGACCUAUCAGUUGUCAAUGGCCCAGAGUUCUGGGGGACAUGGUCACACCAGCAGUUCAGCUGUGCACAGUGGGCCUCAUCACCAUGGGCCAGCUGUCCAGCCUGUGGGCCAGGGGCACUCUCAUGCUACCCCAGCCCCUGCCCCAACACUGGGCCAACAGCAGUUUCAGCGGCUUAAGGUUGAAGAUGCUCUUUCCUAUCUCGAUCAAGUUAAACUUCAGUUUGGCAAUCAGCCGCAGGUCUACAAUGACUUCCUGGAUAUCAUGAAGGAGUUCAAGUCUCAAAGGUCAGCCAUUGAUACACCAGGUGUGAUCAGCAGAGUUUCCCAGCUCUUCAAAGGUCAUCCAGACUUAAUCAUGGGCUUCAACACCUUCCUGCCUCCUGGCUACAAGAUUGAGGUUCAGACCAAUGAUCUGGUUAAUGUGACCACUCCUGGCCAGAUCCACCACAUAACCCCGCAUGGGAUCUCAGUCCAGAACCUCCCCAUAACCCAGCCAGCACAGCACCAGACCCAACCAGCAGCUCCCACCAGCACUGCUGCCGUGGUCAUCCCUAGCCAGCCAACCCCUGCCAAGAUCAGCAAGCCAAUGCAGUCUCCUGCACUUACCCCAACGAGCCAGCCUAAUCCGUCCAUUCCCUCGUACGCCUCCCCGCGCUCGCCCUCGGCCCAGUCCCACACUCCCAUCAGUAGCAGCACUGCCGGUUCAACCCCUCUACAGAAUAACCAGCCUGUAGAGUUCAACCAUGCUAUCAGCUACGUGAACAAAAUCAAGAACCGAUUUCAGGGUCAGCCAGAGGUCUACAAAUCCUUCUUGGAAAUUUUGCACACAUACCAGAAGGAGCAGCGUAAUGCUAAGGAGGCAGGAGGAAACUACACACCCACUCUCACGGAGCAGCAGGUGUAUGCUCAGGUGGCCCAGCUCUUCAAGAACCAGGAGGACCUCCUUUCAGAAUUCGGCCAGUUCCUGCCAGAUGCUAACAGUUCAGCGUUAUUGAGUAAGACUACAGCCGAGAAGGCUGAAUCUGUGCGUAUUGAUCGUGGAGGGACGGUAAAGAGACCCCAGCCUAACCAUAAGCAGAGUUUUAACCAGAAUGGUUGUCAGAUCCGCAGACACGCGGGGCCGCCCACUACACCCCCUGUUAAGAAAAAGCAAAAGUUUAUGGCAAAAGAAUCGAUGGCUGAAGCCAGCAAACUUGGAAUUGGUGCUGAAUCUCUCUUUUUUGAAAAGGUGCGGAAAGCACUGCGGAGUUCAGAGGCUUAUGACAAUUUCUUACGCUGUUUGGUCAUCUUCAACCAAGAAGUGAUCUCACGGGCUGAACUUGUGCAGUUGGUCUUGCCAUUUUUGGGGAAAUUCCCGGAGCUUUUUACAUGGUUCAAGAACUUCCUCGGCUACAGAGAGUGUUCCCAUAUUGAGAGCUUUCCCAAAGAGCGAGCCACUGAAGGCAUUGCAAUGGAAAUUGAUUAUGCGUCCUGCAAGAGAUUGGGCUCCAGUUAUAGGGCCCUUCCCAAGAGCUUCCAGCAGCCUAGAUGUACAGGCAGGACUCCACUGUGCAAAGAGGUGUUGAAUGAUACAUGGGUGUCAUUUCCAUCCUGGUCUGAGGACUCAACCUUUGUCAGCUCCAAAAAGACCCAGUAUGAAGAGCACAUAUAUAGAUGUGAAGAUGAGCGCUUUGAGCUUGAUGUGGUUCUGGAGACAAACCUCGCCACUAUCCGUGUUCUGGAGUCUGUUCAAAAGAGGCUCUCGCGCAUGUCUGCUGAGGAACAAGCCAAGUUCCGACUGGACAACACCAUUGGAGGCUCCUCUGAGGUCAUCCACCGUAAAGCUAUUCAGAGGAUAUAUGGUGACAAAGCUCCAGACAUCAUAGAUGGGCUCAAGACCAACCCUGCUGUCUCUGUACCUAUUGUACUCAAAAGGCUGAAAAUUAAAGAAGAAGAGUGGCGAGAGGCGCAGCGUGGCUUCAAUAAGAUCUGGAGAGAACAGAAUGAGAAGUAUUACCUGAAGUCUUUAGAUCACCAAGGUAUUAACUUCAAACAGAAUGACACAAAGGUGUUUCGCUCCAAGACACUGCUCAAUGAAAUCGAGUCUCUUUAUGAUGAGCGACAGGAGCAGGCUUCUGAAGACAAUGCCGCCCCUCCAUCAGGCCCUCACAUGACCCUCAUGUACGAGGACAGCCAGAUCCUGGAAGACGCAGCUGCUCUCAUCAUCCACCAUGUCAAGAGGCAGUCCGGCAUCCACAAAGACGACAAGUAUAAAAUCAAACAGAUCAUCUACCAUUUCAUCCCCGACAUGCUGUUCGCCCGGCGUGGUGAGCUUUCUGAUGUGGAGGAGGAGGAAGAAGAGGAGACCGAACAAGAUGAAGACGGGACUAAAAAGCACAAUGGGACGACGUCAGCAAAGUCUAAGCUCCUCUUCAGCCAUACAGCAGCUACCCAGCAGAAGCUGAGUAACUGUGAUGAUGCCUACAACCUCUUCUUUGUCAACAAUAACUGGUACAUCUUCCUUCGGCUGCACCAGAUCCUGUGCUCCCGACUGCUACGGAUCUACGGGCAGGCGGAAAAACAGAUCGAGGAAGACUCCAGAGAGAGGGAGUGGGAAAGGAACGUACUGGGAUUGAAAAGAGAGAAGAACGACAGCCCGGCCAUCCAGCUGCGUUUGAAAGAACCCAUGGACAUCGAUGUUGAAGACUACUACUCUGCCUUCUUAGAGAUGGUGCGAAACCUUCUGGAUGGCAACAUGGAGACAUCUCAAUACGAGGACCAGCUGAGGGAAAUGUUUACCAUCCAUGCCUACAUUGCCUUCACCAUGGACAAACUCGUCCAGAGUAUAGUGAGACAGCUGCAGCAUAUAGUAAGCGAUGAGAUCUGUGUACAGGUGACUGAUCUUUACCUUGGCGAGUGUACCAACAAAGCCACUGGUGGGUCCCUGUCCACACAAACAUCCAGAGGCAGUGUUGAGACAUCCUACCAGCGCAAAGCUGAGCAGCUGAUGUCUGACGAGAACUGUUUUAAGUUACUGUUCCAGAAGUCUAAGGGGACUGUGCAGCUGGCUGUGGAGUUGUUGGACACAGAGGAAGAGAACUCGGAUGGACCUGUGGAUACUGAGCGCUGGCCCGACUACGUGGAGCGAUAUCUGAACACCAGCUCGGCCUCUCCAGAACUGCGAGAGCACCUGUCCCAGAAGCCUGUGUUUCUACCCAGGAAUCUCAGGCGAAUCCGGAAGUGCCAGAGAGGUCAAGAGGUGCAGAUGAGAGAGGUCAAAGAAACGGCCAAGAAAUCCUCUGAGGGUGGCGAGGACUCGAAGAUGGAGUGCAUGUUUAAGCUCAACUCCUACAAGAUGGUGUACGUCUUUAAGUCGGAGGACUACAUGUACCGACGCACUGCACAGCUGAGAGCGCAUCAGUCUCACCAGCGAGUAAGCACUCGUCUGCAUCAGCGCUUUCAGGCGUGGCUGGACAGGUGGCGGAAAGAGCACGUGACCAGCGACAUGGCAGCCGCCGCGCACAAGUGGCUGAUGGGAGAGGGCCGGGAGGGGCUACUGCCCUGCAGAACGGUCUGUGAACCCAAGAUCGUCCACUUCCAGAACAUCAACAAAUAUAAAGUCACCUAUGGCACUACAUUGUAAAGCUCAAGUUUUCAAAACAGGGGGGGGGGGGGGGCUUUUACCUCCUUUUUAUGUUGUUUUUAUGAUGACUGAAGUAGCACUGAAAUUAAAAUGGGACCGCCAUUGAGUUCUUUGAAGAUUGCUCACUUUCUUUUUUUAUUUUUACCUUUUAAAUUUUUUAGAUU